ACUGCGCCUUCAUGGGUCCUCAACAAUACACCCGUGAAGUUUGAAGUCGAUUGGUUGUGUUGUUGUUGAGAGAAUUGAAAUACAGACAGACGGACAAAGAUUCAUCCAUUUAUAGUUAGACUGCUGCUUUUCAGGCUGCUUCUCUUGUCUACAUUUUCACAAAAGAUUGAUGGAAAACAUACGCAUUUUAAUCCGGAGAGUGAGACUGUAACUCGCUAUCUUCUUAGGAAAUUUAUGUAUUUAUUUAUUUAAUACGACAUCUUACUCCCUUUCUUGAUGGCAACAGCUGGUACCAUCAUUUCUAUGAAGCCCCUCCUCCUCCUCCUCCUCUUCCUCCUGCACUGGUGGCACUAAUCACCCCUCAUACCGGGCUGCUUUGUUGUGAAUACAGCAGCGGCGCCGUACUGCACGUACAACCAGAAGGUUAUGAGGAGGUUAUUUCGACUGACUGCGGUAGUCAGGAGCUCAUUCACACUUAGAAAAACGCCAUCCGGCUGCAACAGCGAGGUAUCUCACCUGAGACCAUAAAAAAGCAAAGGAGCGCAGUUUGCAGACUGGACGCGUUUUGCAGCCUGUCUUUUGUUUUCUCCAACUCUGCAACAUCAAGGACGGAGGUCUCCGGGCGAUAGGAGGAUUCAUGAGAAACGCUUUGAAUAGGAUACCGCUUCAGAAUCACGGUUGUGAGGGGGUUCAGCCAUGGACGCUGGCAGGCUGGAGCAGCAGGUGGCCAGUGUGGAGAGGGGCAUCGCCUUCCUGAAGCAUGAACACCUGGCCAUGCUGACCGGCCUGCAGCUGGAGAUCACACACCUGAAGAGGCGCUGUCAUGAGCUAAGCUGUGAGCUGGACUCCAGGUUUCCUGACAGAAACACAGCAGAGGAGGAAGCGGAGCUGGCAGCACGUUGUGAGGCUGCAGAGCGUCUCCUAGAGGACCAGCAGUGCAUGAUGGUCACUGUGCGUGGGGAGCUGCGGGCCGGCCGGGCACGAACGUCAGCGCUGGGCAGGAGCCUGAGGGAGGAAGAGCGACGUUUCUUGGAAGAACUGAAACGCCGCAGCCACAAGAUCACGCUGCUGAGUCGUGAGCUGCAACGCCAAAACGUCACCACCACGACCCUGUGCCACGAGCUCCACGCCGCACGCCUAAAACUGUUCCAGAAAAGGCAGAGCAGCCAGUCAGCUGCAGAGAGAGGCGAGGAGCCCAGAGGAAAGGAUGAGGAGGAAGAAGAAGAGGAGGAUGAGGAUGAAGAUGAGGAGGAUGAAGAUGAUGAAGGGGAGGGCUCAGACUGGCUUCUGUCUCCACCCCCUCCGGCCUCCCCCAGCCAACCAGAGGCGAGGCACAGGAGGCGUGUCACCAUGAGGGAGGAGAGGGUCAGAGCUUGCGUCCCACAGGAGAGAGUGACGGCGCCGCAGAGGCCGCACCCCAUGCCCGACCCUGCCCUCUUCCUGGUGCCGCUUAGAUACCGCCUCCUUCGCUUGAACCAGCCAAUCAGAACACAGGAAGGAGACGGGAUGGAGGAUGAGUGGGAGGACAUAGAGGACAGCAGGGUGCACAGGAGGGUGGACAUGGGAGCGGGAGAGGGAGAAACCGCUCUGUGACGUAGACGGAGAGGUGACGUUGUCUUCCAGCAGGUCUCGGCCAACAUCAGUCAACAUCUGAUGCGGUUAUUCUAGAAAAAAAAAAGCCUAAGAUGAGAGAGAUGUAACCUUGUGAUUGUCUGUAGAUUUCAGGAAGUGAGUUAGAUAUUUAGAGUUAGUUGCACAAGAGUGUGUGAUCGAACCUACACAUAGACAUAUUAAUGGAAACUGUCACAUUGAUGGUAUGACAUGCUAACUUUGAAAAAAUGAGUGGGUCAGAGAAGUCUGAAUAGUGGUCCUGUUUCAUAUGGAUGCCUUUUGAGUUUAACACUGUCGAUCACAGCUUUUGCCUGUAAGUAGUAGCCUUGCCUCUGGGUCUAUGAACACUCACACCGUACUGUUCAAAGUGGCAACCUGCUUUCUCACUGCGGCAGCCGUACUCCAGGUUCAGAAAGUCACUCUAGAAGGCUUAGGGACAUUUUGUAUGAUUUGCACUUUAUUAAAUUCAUGCAAUGUGCCUAGUAAUGGCAGACCAGUA